AAGCAAACGCGCGUUGUGAUUGGCUAACUGUUGGUCCGGCCCCUCCCCGCGCGGACAUUUGAAAACGGCUUUGUGGAGAAAGAGAGAGUAUCCGACGAAGAAAAAAAAGAAAACAUAUACAGACAUGGCUCCCAGGAAAAGGACGACCAAGCAACGGAAGAACAACCCCAAAACGGCCAAGCUCGAGGCUUUUCUGGAAGACUUCGACAGCGAAGUGAAGACCAGAGUUGGACAAAUGAAAGAGAAGAUCAACCAGCUGCUCAAAGAUGUUGACAACAGCUACAACAUGGCCAUAAUUAAGCUCCCCAAGGCUGUCAGACAAAUGACCUGGUUGGAGCAUUUCAUGUCUGAGAAACCAAAGUCUCCAGAAGUGGAUAAUAUAAAGAGAGAAGAGGAAGCUGCUAUUGUUGAAAGCGUUGUGGCCGAGGACCACGCAGUCCUUCUGAAAUCAGUCAAGAAAACAUCAAAGAAAAAAGCUGGAGCCAAAUCCAGUUCAGGGGAUGAAAACACCCCGAGUACAACACGGAAGGGGAAAGCAACCAGGAAACCUCCAACGACAUCAAAAAGAGCGAAGGCGCUGACAGUCAGCAAGCAGAACACCUCCGUCAGACGAUCAAGCAGGAAGGCAAUGGUGACUCCUGCCAGGAGUAUGAUGGACUCUUCUAUGAUGAUGGGCCCCACUCCCCUCAUCACCCCGCGCUUCGACCCAAGGCUUCCUAAGACCCCCGCUGUGAGGAUUCCCCGCCACAAAGAGAGAGUUUAUAGCAUUUCCGUCAACGGCUCUCCCAUCGCAGCAGGAAAUGAGGACAUCGUCAUCAACGUCCCAAUCGGCAACGGAGAGAGCGUCCAGCUAUUGGCCAGUCAGAUGGACUCAGUGGACCUGUCUCUGCUGGAUGAAACCGCUCUGAGGAGCAUUCGGCUGCUGCAGAACCGUCUCACAACCCUGUGUGGAACAGCAGAGUGACCUAACCGUCUGCUGUCGACUUGUACAUUACUUUUAAAAAAAUGUUCUCUUUAUUUCAAAGCUUUGCGUCCCCUGUGGUAUGGUGUGCUGUUUUUUUGCUUAUAGGUGAGAUAGACGUGGGUUCACAUGUUUUUAUUUUACCAAUUUAUUGAUUUCCAGUCUUUUAUGGCCAGUCAGACAUGUAAAGUUUGGAUUUUAUUUGUCCUGCAAGCCUUGUAAGACAGUUAACUCUGCAAAAAUGAUAUACUGUUCAUUCUUUGAUUUGUAAGUACACUCUAAUCUUACAUUUUUAAUUGACUUUCAUUUUGUCAUUAUUGAUGCACAAUCCUCCAUGUACAUAGAUCACUCUUUGUCUGCAAAACUGAUAAAUGAUAUUAGCCCAGAGCUCUACAUGUGUGUGAAAUGGUUUAUUUGGGACUGCAAAAUGUUGGUUGAUAAAGAGCGUUGGUGGGUUGCUUUACCACAAAUCCAGCCACAAUGCUUUAAAAAUGAUGCAAUAAUAAUGUUUUGGUGGAAUUUACAGACUGUCUUCACCAAGCUGUACCUUUGCAUGGUGUCCAAUAGGUGGCAGCAUUUCUCCAUAGAGGUUUUACUUGUCUGGCUCAGCCAGAGCUCCUGUUGUAACAUGUCCUCAGUAUUAAAGCUGUGGACAUAAGACCAAAAUAUUCAAGCAAAACCCGUUUCAAUU